UUCUCCUUCUAGUUCUCCCUGCUGAACCUCCUCGUCCUUUUUCCACUCUGACUUUAUUUUUAUUUUUUUCUCUUGUCUCUAAAACAUUACAUUUCCUACUCCAACCCUUUUCUUUCCAUCGUGUGUCCUCUUUUAAGUGUAAACUCAUUUGAGUUCUUUUUUUUUCUUUUUUGGAUUUCCAAUCUUUUGUAUUUGCACCUUAUCCUGUUACCUCCUUCUAAAAAGAAUAGUCAAGAUACUUYCCACCAUGUUUGUAUUUCCUUAUUAACUACUUUUUCAUCCCAGUUCAAGUUUUGGUUCAUAUAACUCUUUCAUUAWUGUAUACACUGGGAAUUUUUUGAAACAUUCCUCUUUUCUUUUAAAUCUUUUUUUCCCCUGAUUCUCAUUUCUUGUGCCAAUUCCUGCUUUUGCGCCUUUUCCCUUUAUUUCCGUCCGUAAUUUAAUUUCUAUUAGUGCAUCUUUUUUGGCUUUAUCCUUAUCUUCUCCUCCCUGACCCCAGAUUUCUUCCUCCCUUCUUCCCUCUCUUCAUAUGUUCUGUUUUUGUUUAUCUUCCCCCCCUCCUGCCUCUCAGUUUCUUCUCCCGUUUCCUCCUCUCCCCCUUCUCUAGUGUUUAUGUUUUCAGCUCCUGGAAGUCCUCCUCUCCUCCUCUUCCUCCUCCUUCUUUCUUAAUCUGACUCCCUCCUCCGCCCUCCCCACUCCUCAUCCCUUCUCCACACUCGGUCUCACUCAGCUCAGAGCUGAGCAAAGUCUGGAUAAAAGAGGUUCUGUGAACAAUUCAACCAACAGUUUGGGAUUUUAUUUGGCAACAGUGACGCCCUUUAACAGGGGGACCACACGUGGGGGACCAUGUUGGGGCAAAGCGUGCGGUUACAACCGGUCCCCAUUCAGAGCCUGUCGGAGUUGGAGCGAGCCAGRUUACAGGAAGUUGCUUUGUACCACCUGGAGGAGAGGGAUCUGGACUUCAAGAUCAGCAUCCCCAAAGAAAUACGCAAGCGAAGGAAAUCUCUACGCAAGAGGUUCGACUCCUUUUCAAAGGAAAAGAAAGAGCGAGAGUCUGUUCCCAAGGCGUUUGGCAUCUCGCUCUCGCAGGUCAUUGCCAACGAUCAGGCCUACAAACGUCGGCAGGACGCCCUGAAGGAGAGCAGACGUGACUGCCUCGAUCUGGAGGCCAGCAUCCUGCGCUUCAGGGCGGAGAAGAGGCAAUUCUUCGGUGAGAACAAACCUCUAGUCUGCUCUUCGAUGAUAAUGGGAGGAGGUCCAGGCUCACCGUCAUCAAACUCGGUGGCACCUGCACCCAUUUCAGACUCUCAGAGCAAACCGUUGUCGCCCAUGUUAAUGGAUAACAGUGGCAGGGCGCAGAGAAGGGGUGGCCUGUCGGUGGACUGCAUCUCUGACCUCGUAGAGAGUCAGUCCCGCCUGCUGGAGGCGCUGCAGCUCUCCCACCCAGCUGAGCUGGAGAUGAAGAAAUCAGCAUCCGAAGGGAGGACCAAGCUCAGCCUCAACCCCAUCUACAGACAGGUGCCUCGAGUGGUGGAGAGAUGCUGCAGCCACAUCGAGAACUACGGUCUCCAGACUGUGGGCAUUUUUCGAGUGGGGAGCUCAAAGAAGAGGGUGAGACAGCUGCGAGAGGACUUCGACAUGGGGGUGGACGUGCAGCUGGACGAGGAGCACAGCGUUCAUGACGUGGCGGCGCUGCUUAAAGAGUUCCUGAGGGACAUGCCGGACCCCCUGCUGCCCCGGGAGCUGUACCCUGCCUUCCUGCACGCCAACUUGCUGAGAGGAGCCGAGCAGCUGCAGUACCUGCAGCACCUCCUCUACCUGCUCCCGCCCUGCAACUGCGACACCCUGCUGCGCCUCCUCUCCAUGCUGCAAACCGUGCAGAGCUUCGCCCAGGACAGCAUAGGGACCAACGAUGAGGAGAUUCCUGGUAACAAGAUGACAGCCGCCAACCUGGCCGUGAUCUUCGGCCCGAACCUGCUCCAGAGGGAACGAGGUGGCGACGUGAGUCCUCACGCAAUGGGCAUCGAGGAUAGCACGGCCAUCAUCAGCGUCACGCUGGUGCUCAUCCAGAACUACAGGAGGCUCUUCACGGUUUCUGCUGAGCUUCAGCAGGAAGUCCUGAUGAGUCUGAUCCAGACGGAUCCAGACGUCAUCGACUACCUGCUGCGGAGGAAACUCAGUGGGAGUCACCUGACCGUGGAAACCAGCAGUGAGGCGGGGGGCCGGCGGGACACUGGGGCGUCUUUAGACUCAGUGGGGGCCUCCAGCGGAAGUCUGUCCCCGCUGGAACCGCCGUCGCCCGUUUAUCCUCCGAACGGCCAGGGUAGAGAGGGCAGCCUGAGCAGCGAGGUCUUCCUCAACGUCCUCAAACUAAACCAGAACAGAAAACGUCAGGAGGCCAGAUACGGUGAGGCACAUCCGAGGAAAUCCAUCCACCACUUGCGUCACUUCCACUCCCACCACAACCUGCUCAGCCUGGCCCAGCCCUCCUCUUCCUCCUCCAGACUCCACGAUCAGGACGCCCACUCCCAGGACCGCCGGGUCACGCUGGGCUCCGCCCUGAGCUUCAGUUUGGGUGGAGGUGGAGGUGGAGGUGGAGGCGGCGGCGGCGCAGGGAGCUGCUCCAGCCUGAGCGGCUCCACCGAGAGCAGCAGCAGCAGCAUCUGGGUGAGGCAGGCGCCGCAGGAGGAGAGCAAGGCCUCCAAUUUCUGGGACUUCUUCACGGGAAAGGGGUCGAGCUCCGAGACUGUGGUAUGAUGACGGGCGGGGCAGAGAAGAUGGGGAAGGAGGAGCAUGAAGGGGAGAACUGUUGCACCUGUGUGUGUUCCUGCUGCCAAAGGUCACAACUCUCACAACAGUCGACAGCUUUGUGUCGCUUUUACAGUUUCAGACGUUUUCAACUAAAUAAAAAUAUAGACUUGUUCCGACAUUCUGAACCAUCUGGUUGGGUUCAGUGCACCACAGGUUAAAACAUAACAUGAAAGACACAACUUUUUUUUUGAAGGACUGAUUAGAUUGUUGUAAAAAAUUUACAUUUCAGUCCAAUAUAAGCAAAUGAACAGAAUUUCAAGAAGUAACCAAGAAGCUGAUGCAGUAACAAUGAUGUACAUACUGUAUGUUGUAUAUUACAUGAUAUAUUCUCAUGUUGGCAUGUUCCUUCUCUGUUGUACAUGGGUCAGUGRAUCUUUUGGUUGGUUUGGAUUUUCAUUUAAAAACAAGAAACGAGCGGUUAUUUGAUUUUUGUUUUAAAUCACUGAAAUAAAUAUUAAA